AAAAAACAUUAGGAGAAGGAACUUUUGGAAAAGUAAAAUUAGCCACCCAAAUUUUAACAAACGAAAAAGUAGCAAUAAAAAUAUUACAAAAAGACCGGAUAAUAGACGUAUCUGAUGUAGAAAGAGUAUCCCGAGAAAUGCAUAUACUCUAAUUACUAAGACAUUCAAAUAUAAUAUAACUAUAUGAAAUAAUAGAAACUCCAAAGCAAUUAUUUUUAGUGAUGGAAUAUGCUUCAGGAGGUGAAUUAUUUGAUUACAUAGUAUAAAACACAAGAAUAAAAGAACCUGAAGCAUCCAAAAUAUUUCAAUAAAUAAUAUCUGGAAUAGAAUAUAUACAUAAAUUAAAUAUAGUGCAUAGAGAUUUAAAGCCAGAAAAUCUACUCUUAUAUCACGAUAAAUCAAUAAAAAUAGUAGAUUUCGGACUCUCAAAUACAUAUAAGAAAAACGAGCUUUUAAAAACAGCUUGCGGAUCACCUUGUUAUGCAGCACCUGAAAUGAUUUCAGGGAAAAAAUAUAAUGGACUAGGAGUUGAUAUAUGGAGUUGUGGAGUUAUUUUAUAUGCAUUAAUUUGUGGAUAUUUACCUUUUGAAGAUCCUAAUACUUCUGAAUUAUAUAAGAAAAUUUUAGCAGGAAAUUUCAAUAUUCCAAAGUUUGUAUCAAAUGAAGCACGAGAUUUAUUAAAAAAAAUCCUUAAUACUGAUCCUGAAAAACGUUAUAAUGUAUAAAAUAUAAGAGAUCAUCCAUGGUGCUCAAAUUAUAAAUAUAAUAAAAUCUCUGAAGGAAUUAUAAUUGGAUAUAAUAAAAUACCUAUAGAUCCAUAAAUUAUCUAGUAACUUGAAAAGUUUAAUUUUAAUCUAGAUUAUGCCUAAAAAUGUAUAGAUGCUAAUAAACAUAACCAUAUAACUACAAGUUACUAUUUAUUAUUAAAAAAACAUAUACAAAAUGGUGGGAAAUCGAUUGCAGAUAUCACAUCAGAUGAAUUUGAUCCAAAUAUUAUUUUACCAAAUAAAAGACCUUCGAGGACUCCAAAAAAAAAGGUGUAUCGAAUUAUGAAAAUAAAGAAAAUAAAAGUAGUUUUCGGAACUCUGUCAUGA